AUGCAGACUGCUAAGGUGAAGGUGAAGGACAUGGUGAGUUCGGCCAAGGAGAAGGUGAACGAGGGGACGGCCAAGACGCAGGGCAAGACGGGCAAGGCCACGGCGACGACGCACGGCCAGAAGGAGAUGGCCAAGGAGGAGACGCGCGCCAACAAGGCCCAGGCCAAAGCGCAGAUGCACCAAGAGAAGGCGGAGCACCGCGGCGAGGUCGCCGCUGCACACCACGGCACGCGCGAGCCCCUCACCGGCCCGCACGACAACCACACACCCGUCGCCGCCGAUCCCGCGAACCAAGGUGCUGGCGCAUACCCGACGACGGACAACACCACUCUCUAG